ACGCUUCGAGUACCUGAGCUCGCCAAGGAUUGUUGCUGUGCAGUGGACAUUCAUCAGGACAUGGGAAAGCAAAAACGUUUAUAUAAUCGUUUUGUCACAAAAAACUGACUAGACAUGCAAGUCUUUGACGAUCGUCCUCUCCAUCCUGCUAUACGGCUGUUAGACGGAGAAAACGCAUUCAGUCAUUCGAAAAGAAAUGCUACAAGAUACUGCUCCGAAUCUUACAGAUCGUAUAAGAAAACGCAAAACAAACAUAAUUAAUUGGACAAAAAUUUUACAAUUAAUUUUACAAAAAUUAAUGGAUUGCCAGCAAAUUAACAAAAUCAAGUACUACAUCCAAGGGGCUAUAGCUGACCUGCGCGUUGUCACCUAUAAGCACCGCGCGAGUGAUGUCCCCUACUUCAAACAAACUACGUCUACGGGAGGAGGACGUACGAACGUCACAAAAGGCGUGACGAUCUGUUUUUACAAAUACACUACAAAUACCACAUCCAGAACAUGUCCAGGGCAUAAACAUGAAAAUCACCAUGGGUUUUCAGCUUCAGGCAGGCACAUUAUGAUAAUAACUCACAUAAUCAACUUUGUUUAUGGCACCUCUUUCUUCAUGCAGGCCAGUGCCUUUCCAUACUUAUCUAGAAAGUUAGGAGCUGACACAGUAAUCUACGGUUGGAUCCAGACACUAUUUGCAGGUCUUCAGCUUAUUGGGAACCUACCUUUUGGCCACUUUGGAGAUGUCUUUGGUCCUAAAGUUGCAGUGGUUGUUGCACUGACCUCCGCAGGCCUGUCGCAUGUGUUUCUAGGACUUUCCACAAACCUAACCAUGCUUGUGGUAUCUAGGUUCCCUGCCAUUUUCAUGCAUGGCCAUACAGCCUGUCAGAUGCUUGUGACCAGUGUAAAUGAAAGAAACAAGAGAGCAGAGGCUCUAGGACAGCUUGGGGUCUCCUUUGGAGUGGGCAUGAUUGUUGGACCACUUAUAGGAGGAUGGCUAACAGAAUCAUAUGGGGAAGAACUUGCAGCACUCAUGGCAGGAGCAGGAAAUCUCUUGAUUUUACCUUUUGUCCUGAUGGUCAUUCCAUGGAAAAUGAAGCCUAUGGGUUCACACCAUGCUGACACCAUUAAAAGUGAAGGGAGUGUUCAAAAGAUGAUUCGUUUUUUCUCUACACCUGGUGUCAUCUUCCUCUUCUUGGUACGCCUCUGCUCAGCUGUUCCUAUUGGGAUCUUCCAGAGCACAUUUUCUGUGUUUGCUAUGGAUACUUUUAGGCUCUCCCCAGAACAAGGAGGAUAUUUCAUGUCUUUCAUAGGCAUUACAAUCAUGGUUGCUCAAGGUGUUGGUGUGCGGUUUGUGGCAAGGAUUUUUAGUGAGAGUACUGUAUUGAUAAGUUCAUCCUUCUUCUUGAUUUGGUCAUACCUUGGUUUGGCCUAUACAACCAAAGUAUGGCAGCUGUACUUGGUGUGCAUGCCAUUAGUGUUGAAUCUGACAAUACUCAACAUAAUUGUCACCAGUGCCCUCACACACACUGUUUCUAGUGACAGUACAGGAGCAGUACUUGGUCUCAACAUGGCAAUCUACUCCUUUGUACGAGCUGUCUCUCCAACUCUGGGGGGCUACAUGCUGAAUGCAUUUGGUUAUCCAUCUAUUGGAAAUUUUGGUUUCACUGUGAGCUUUGUCACCACACUCGUUUUAUGCAUUGGCUAUGGAAAGAAACCUUGGGCAAUAUACGCUAAAUUUAAACAACUGUUCUUUAUUGUCAACAAGUAACAUCAUAUUGUUGAUGUAAAGGUUGGCAGGCUGGCCAGUUGUGAGGUGCAAUGGAUACUUAAUCUGACCAGCAUUCGACCACACCUAAUUACAACACUUCGUUACAGCACACACAUACAUUCACACAAUCAAGAAAGUAGAUUUGUAUAUAUGUAAAAGAAAAUAUAAUUAAGAAAAAGAUAUAAAAGAUAAAAGAUAUAAAUAGUAUAUACAUAUAUAAAUGGCAGUUAUCUCAACAAAAUGUGGCUAGUUGUUGAUACUUGGCUACUUCGCUUACUCCAGUGUCUCUUGUCCCAUACGUUUACAGUUCACAAUUAUAAUCCAGUCUGUGUAUAUCAUUCACAGGUCACAGUUUGCAUAAAUAAAUUUCUAGUUCAUAUUUAUAUAAUCCACCGUCCUUUAGGAAGCUAUACUCCCACCAACUUAACACAAGUUUGCUUCUUGCAACUUUAACAUCUCUGCGAGACGGACCUCCGCUCGCCAGCAUGCAGAUUCGGAAAGUGAUGACUCUCAUAGUCCGAGGGUGAGUUCCCUCUUCCUACAUUUUGGUGUCCCCAGUCACCCUUUGAUCUUGGCCCGAGUCAGGGAAGUUCACAGGUACUAAAACUUUUCUACUCUGCUGUCAUGUGUUCAGGCCAGCGUGUCCCAUGUCACUGGUCAGAUUUAUGAGCCCACUUUGACCAUCCUCAGGUCAUUAGCCAGAGCGGUGGCAAUGUACUUGACCAAUGGUGGUCUAAACUCUAAACAAACUUUGUUAAAAGUCGAAAAUACAGUUGAAAACUUCAGAAAUGAGCAUCUGGUUUGCAUUUUUAAAGAGGGAAACCAUCUCCAAGCAUGCUUGCAUAAAUUGUGUGUGUGUGCCUUAUAUAUAAGCAUGAAAGUACUGGGCAUACAUCUGUAAGAUUAUUUUUACAUUUUAUAUCAAUGCAAAAUUGUGAAACCUUUUGUUUGUUCAAUAAUAAGCAAUAAAAGUGAUGAUACAGAGAUAA